UCCCUAUCACAUACAAUAUCUAGAGUUUACCCUUAUUUUAUAAUUGUUAGAUGGCUAUCAGUGUCACCUUUUAUUCAGUGUCUCCCUUAUUGUAUGUAAUCAAAAUGAUAUAGUUACUACAAUUGCUUAAAUUUUUCGAGAGCUAGCUAUUAAAUAUUAUUUGAAGAAAAGUAACUUAUAAAUGCUACGAUGAACUUGUUGUAGUUUUUUCGGAAUGGUGAUCUCACUAAAUCAUUUCAAAAUUUUUUAGUGAUAUUAUUUUGUACAAUUUUUGUAAACUCAGUUGUACUAAUGAUUAUUGUCGACAGUUAAAUUUAAUAAUUGCUAUUUUAAUUUUUAAUAAAUGUAAGACUUGUUUAUGAAAUUUAUUCUAUUGGUAAUGACUACUUUAUUUUCCCUUGACCUCGGUUCAUCAUUGUUGAAGUAUUGGAGUCUAAGCUAUAAAUAUAAUGAAUAACACAAAUAUUACAGCUCAAAGUAAUUAUAGUUGCUAUGAUGGUGGAGGCUGUUCUUUUAAUGAUUAUCUUGCAUGGUCUUCCUUGAAAACAUUUUUAGAUACAGCUACUGUUUUAACUCUAAACUCAUCAUGUUUAUCAACUGUAUUCAAUCAUCCUUAUUUUCAUUUAUCACAGGCUAUCAUGUUCAUUUGCUAUAUGUUACCUUUUGGAUCUCCCUCUCGUUUGAUUCUUUUUAUACGAUUAGCCUUGACUACUGCCACUGCAAUUAUGGCACUUUGGGCUCGAAAUGUCCAAUGUUGGAUUGAUAGUUUAUUAUGGAAUUCAGCAUCUUUUGUUGUAAAUCUGAUUUAUGUCUUUGUGCUAUUUUAUCAACUAAAACCUAUUAAAUUUAGUGAUGAAUUAGAACAAGUAUAUAAAUCAUUGUUUCUACCUUUAAAAGUUAGUCGUAAACAAUUUAGAAAAAUUAUAUCAUGUAUGAAAAUGGUUCGACCAUUAAAAACUCUAGAAAUAUUUGCAGAAGAAAAAGUCACUAGGGUUGAUAGUUUGUCAUUAGUGCUUUCUGGAAAAUUGGUGAUAUCUCAGAAUGGCAAUGCUUUACAUAUAGUAUUCCCCUACCAGUUUUUAGAUUCCCCUGAAUGGUUUGGUGUAUCUACUGAUGAAUUUUUUCAGGUUUCUGUUACAGCUGUAGAAGACUCGAGAGUUUUAUUGUGGCAUCGUGAUAAGUUAAGGUUAUCUAUUAUUACUGAUCAGUUUUUGUAUACUAUAUUUGAUCAUAUUCUUGGUCGGGAUGUUGUUAAAAAACUAAUGCAGGUAAGUGAAACAAUGUCAAAUGGUCACUCCCCAAAUCAAUGGCAUGAAAGUGAAGAAGGAGAAUUACUAGGUAAUCCAAAUGAUGAAAAACAAACAGUUCUCUAUUUGAAACGUAAUGGUGAUGGACAAGCUGGGAUUGAAACUAUAUUAAAACGUGAACUUCAAGAGAGUGACCAUGCAUGCCCAGAAAAUAAACCAUUGAUUAAGUAUCAAUCAUCUUGGUACUCUGAGCAAUCUGUGCGAGAUAUGCUCAAGACUCUUCAUAAAUAAGCUUAUUUUAAAUGUUGAUCCUAAUGGGUGGAGAUUGAGCAGAAUUGAAGAAGUUGAUCACGAGACUCCUGUUUAAAGUUUCAAUUAAUAAAGUAUUAUAAUAUAAAUAAUUUUGUGAUCUUAGAUGUAUAAGUUAAUAUCUAGUUUUUAUAUAAAACAAUUGAUAUUUGAUGAGUUUUUUCAAUAAAUUGAAAUCAGAUUUUAUUUUUGGCACUUAUCGAAUUUAUGAAUCACAUUAAUUUUACUUUUUUCUUUGACAUGUAAUUCAAAUUAUCUAGCUACUAAUAUAAGUAUAUAAUCAAACUAUAGCAAUUUUUUGACAUUCCAAUUUUAUUUAUUUUUAAAUAAAAUAGUAUAAAUUAUUAUAAGUUUUACAAAUUAUUUAUUAAUUAAUGAUUGCAUCACAUAAAAUAUAAAAAUCUGUGAUUUUAACUAUUGAAAAGUUAAAUUUCCAGUAUUUUAAUUUUUAAUAAAAUAUGUUUUAAAAAUAAAAUUAGUUAUUACUUUAGUUAGAUUAUGAGUGAUUCAUUUUGUGUGCAAAAUGUGUAUGUAUUUUAUUAAAUUCAAUGAUAAUAAUACAUAUGAAUUUAGGGCUAAGAUAAAAUGACUCAAGACUCCAAUGAAGUUUUUAGUGUUAAGGGAUGCUUAAAAAUCAG